AUGUCGUCCAUCGGCUCCUCUAACAUUGGCUUCCAGCUGCUGAAGAAGUCCGGGUGGAAGGAGGGCACCGGCCUCGGUGCGCAGGAGCAGGGGCGUUUGGAACCAGUAGAAACUCGUGUCAAGAACAACAAACGCGGUUUAGGUUCCAAAGAACCAAAGCCAAAGCCAAAGGUUGAGGAUGAUGUUGAAACAGCUCCUAGUAAAAGACCCAAGCAGGAUGCGCCGGUAACGAAGAAGGCAAAGUUGGCCGCAAAGAGGAUACGGAAGAUGCAGGAAGAGGAGAAGAAAGCACAAGAGAGGGAAUUCGAAAUUGCUUUCUUCAGGGAAUUUUGGCCUGAUAAUGUAUAA